AUGACGGAACAGGUGGAUGCUGGAAAAAUUCAUAUCCCAAGAACAGAACACACACUUCAAAUAUUCAAAUGGUACGUGCUUUGUGCACUUGAUGAGGAAUGUAUGAAUCCACCCGGUGCUCAAAUAUAUUGCAAUUUCGGGCCGAAUCGAUACGAAACCUUCGCGAAUUGCUUCCGAUUUGAUCAAUCUGUUUUGAACCUUUUGCUAUUGAAUCAGUUCCAGGACCAUCACAAGUAUUUUAUAAAACUGAAUAAUUAUUUAGGUUAA